AUGGCAACCAAGUCAUCUUCGACAUCGGCAGUGUCCGAUGAUGAUCGAAAGGUUUAUAUUGUUUAUAUGGGUGAACGUCCCAAUGGGGAAUUCUCUGCAGAAAGGCUUCACAUUAACAUCCUAGAACAAGUUCUUGGCAGUGGUGGAUCAAGCUCUUUGCUUCAUAGCUACCAUAGGAGCUUCAAUGGAUUUGUUGCCAAGUUGACCAAUGAUGAUGCUCAUAAAUUGGCCAACAUGGAAGGGAUUGUCUCAGUGUUCCCUAAUCAAAUGAAACAGCUUCACACAACAAGAUCAUGGGAUUUCAUGGGAUUCUCCAAAAAUGUUAUAAGAACAAAUCUUGAAAGUAAUAUCAUUAUUGGAAUGUUAGACACCGGAAUUUGGCCGGAAUCCGAAAGUUUCAACGAUGAAGGAUUUGGUCCACCUCCAAAAAAAUGGAAAGGCAUUUGCCAAAAAUCAUCAAAUUUUACUUGCAACAAUAAAAUCAUUGGAGCUCGAUACUAUAAGGCCGAUAAAAACUUCCAUCCAACAGAUAUCCAAUCACCAAGAGAUUCGGAAGGCCAUGGGAGUCAUACAUCUUCGAUAGCAGCUGGUGCCUUGGUACACAAGGCAAGCUUAUCCGGUCUUGCUUCGGGUUUAGCUAGGGGAGGGGUUCCCUCAGCUCGAAUCGCAGUCUAUAAGAUAUGUUGGGCCGAUGGUUGCUCUGAUGCGGACAUCCUUGCAGCGUUUGAUGAUGCAAUUGCUGAUGGUGUUGAUGUAAUCUCGCUUUCCGUCGGAGGGUCAUUCGCGAUUGAUUAUUUCAACGAUUCCAUUGCUAUCGGAGCUUUCCAUUCGAUGAAAAACGGAAUCCUCACAUCAAAUUCUGCUGGUAAUUCAGGACCUCAGCUUGCAAGUAUCACAAAUGUUUCACCUUGGUCCCUCUCAGUAGCUGCGAGUACCAUAGAUAGAAAAUUUUUCACUGAGGUCAAAUUGGGUAAUGGUGAAAUUUACAAGGGAACAUCUAUAAAUACUGUUGAGCUCAAACACAAUUUGUACCCUCUCAUAUAUGGUGGAGAUGCCCCAAAUACUAAAAAAGGAUAUGAUAGCUCCGAAUCGAGGUAUUGCUCGGAAGACUCACUGGAUAAGGCCUUAGUUAAAGGGAAGAUUGUUCUUUGUGAUUCUGUAAAUAGUGGUGAAGGUCCAUUAGCUGCAGGAGCUGUUGGUGCUAUAAUGCAGUAUUACUUGGAUUCCGCCUUCAAUUUUCCAUUACCCGUUUCAUGCUUGGGGUCCGAUGAUGGAACCGAUGUCUCGACCUACUUGAACACAACAAGAAAACCGAAAGCAAACAUAUUGAAAAGUAUUGAAGAAAAGGAUGAACAAGCUCCAUAUGUGAUUUCAUUUUCAUCAAGAGGGCCUAACCCUAUUACGUACGACAUUCUAAAGCCGGAUUUGACUGCGCCCGGGGUCGACAUUUUGGCAGCAUGGUCUCAAGGGACAACUGUAACCGGCUACGAAGGUGACAAUCGGAUUGUUCCAUACAACAUACUCUCCGGCACAUCGAUGUCUUGCCCUCAUGCAACCGCUGCAGCGGCCUACAUCAAAUCGUUUAAUCCGACAUGGUCACCUGCUGCAAUUAAAUCUGCUCUAAUGACUACGGCUGUUCCAUUAAGUCUUGAGACCAACACCGAUGCCGAGUUCGCAUUCGGAUCAGGCCAUUUGGUUCCUUCCUCAGCGCUUGAUCCCGGGUUGAUUUAUGAUGCCGGAGAGAUCGAUUACGUUAAAUUUCUAUGUGGUCAAGGAUACGAUACGGAAACUGUUAGACUUGUUACCGGAGAUCGAAGCAAGUGCUCGGACUCCAUUAAUGGGACAGCAUGGGAUCUAAAUUAUCCAUCGUUUGCUUUGUCAGCAACUCCUGGAAAAUCUACAAGGCGAGUGUUUCAUAGAACGGUGACGAAUGUUGGCUCGGGUGUUUCAAUUUAUAAGGCAACGGUGAAGGCUCCUCCAGGACUCGAAAUCGAAGUUCAGCCGAAUUUGCUUGGAUUCAAGGCUAUAGGGGAAAUGAAAUCAUUUAUUGUGAAAGUUAAAGCUAAAAUUGAUGGCAACAACAUCACCAACAUGAUGCUUUCGGGUUCUUUGAUUUGGGAUGAUGGGUUGCAUCAAGUGAAAAGUCCCGUUGUUGCAUUUGCUUUGGAAGAAGAAUGA